UUGGCAAUAUCCAAUUAGAAUUGGAUGAUAUUGAAAAGGGUUGUCAGGAGUUGAAUAAUUAUUUUAGUUUAUAUUAAAUUUUUAGAAUUAAAACUGUUAGCAUGUCUUCACCGGCCCCAAAAUCCCCAGAGCAAAGUGAGAAGAGCAAGAAAUAUGAUCGUCAGUUGAGAUUAUGGGGUGAUCAUGGACAGAGGUUUCUUGAGAACUCCAAGGUUUGCUUGAUAAAUGCCACAGCCUUAGGUACAGAAAUCUUGAAGAGCUUAGUGUUGCCAGGUAUUGGAUCAUUCACAAUCAUUGAUGGUGAAAAGGUAACAGAGGAAGACAUUGGAUCAAACUUCUUCUUGGAUAAUGACAGUUUAGGGAAUUCCAGAGCUCAAGCUGCAACAAUGUGCUUGCUGGAAUUGAAUCCAGAUGUUCGAGGAGAUUACAUUGAUGAAUUCCCUGAAAAUGUGAUGAAGCAAAAUCAAGAUUUCUUAAAGGGUUUUUCUGUGGUCAUUGCUACAGCUCUACCAGAAAAAUUUUUAAUUCCAUUGUCUAAACAAUUGUGGGAUGCUGGCAUACCUCUGUUUUCUUGCAAGAGUAUAGGAUUAUUGGGUUACGCGCGUCUUCAAGUGAAUGAACACACAGUAAUUGAAGUCCACCCAGAUAACGAUAAUCCGGAUUUGCGUUUGGAUGAGCCGUGGCCGGCGCUGAAAGAGCACUUGGAAAGCUUCGAUAUUUCAAAGUUGGAUAAGAAAGAGAGGAGUCACGUGCCAGCUUUAAUAAUCUUAUACUAUUUUAUGCAGAAGUUCAGAAAUUUACAUGAUGGUGCGCUGCCUACAAAUAGGGCGGAGAAAGAUCAGCUUAGGAAUAUGAUUCGUGCUUGUGGCAAUGAAGAAGGACUUUUGGAAGAGAACUUUGAAGAAGCUAUACAUUACGUUAACACGUGCUUGUCCCAUUCGAAAAUCUCUUCGCAGGUGCAAAGUAUUUUAGAUGAUCCUAAAUGUCUCAAUUUAAACCAAGACAGUGCUCCGUUUUGGGUGAUGGUUUCAGCUUUAAGAGAAUUGGUGCAAACUGAAGGCUCUUUGCCGGUGAAAGGAAGUCUACCGGAUAUGGCAGCAGAUACCAACAGUUACAUAACUCUUCAGCAGAUCUAUCAAAAGAGAUUCAACGAGCAAGUCGAGACUGUUCAACGCAGAGUUUCUGAAAUCUUGAGGAAUGUGAACCAAUCUCCGGAUGCGAUAACCGAGGAUGAAAUUAAAUUGUUCUGCAAACAUGCGAACGAGUUGUAUAUUGUUAGAGGGACGUGCAUUGCCGACGAAUACCAGUCGAGCACGUUGGAUAUAAGCAUGUAUCUGGAUGAUCCCGAUAGUUUGAUGAUGUACUAUGUGAUCUUGAGGGGUCUUGAUAGAUUUCUGAGCGAGUUUAACGCUUAUCCAGGACAAUUCGAUGAUCAAGUUGAACCUGAUGUUGUCAAGUUGAAGUCUACCAUCGGAAAAUUGCUCGCCGAGUGGGGCUGCGGUCAAGUGUUGAGAGACGAACGCGUCCAUGAGGUGUGCAGGUAUGGAGGAGCUGAAAUGCAUUCCAUAUCAGCAAUUUUAGGUGGUUGCGUUGCGCACGAAGUAAUCAAGUUGAUCACACAUCAGUAUAAACCGCUCAACAACACAUUCAUCUUCGAUGCCAUCACUUCGAAUUCUGUUACAUAUAGAUUGUAAGAAGCAAACUACAUAUAAGUUGUAAAUUUUGAUUUCUUUCAUUUUGUU